CUCAGUUCAAGGCUGUGCUUCUCGCAAGGCGCCACGCCGGAGACCGUGGCACGGCUGGCAUCACAUCGCGGGCAUAUUGUUAGCUGGCCACGAAUCCCUUGACAGUAAUCCAUAUCGAGUUCGACAGGUGCGUCGCUCACCGACUAACACCUGCAAGGGCUUUCAGGAUGGACUUCGUCACCAACGUGGGCCCGAAUGCGUUGCGUUUGAUGCGCGGUGUGUUGUCCAGCGGGGGCGUGUGGCCGGCGGUGACCCUGCUUCUUCUCGUCGGCUGCGGACUGGGCGCAGAGGCGCAGCAAGAGCAAGGGUCCACCUGUACGGUGGAUGAGGCCGGCACACGCGGCGUGUGUCGGUCGGUCCAGGACUGCCCCCCGCUGCUACAGCUGGUCUCGCAGAUCAGGAGGGGCGUCGACACCGACGGCCGGGCGGUCGCCGAGCUACGCGCGCUGGCCGCCAAGUGUCCGUUUAGUGGCGGCCGACAGCAGCUGUGCUGCCAGGACGAGCCGACCCGUCGACCUGAAGACACUGAGAUCAUCCGUCUGCCGUCGGAGGACGUGUGCGGCGUAGCGGCAUUCACGGGCAACGUCAUCAACGGCAGGGACGUCGGCAUCGGCGAGCACCCUUGGAUCGUGUCGAUCCAGUAUAGCGGCGUCACGCCCGAAGGACUGCGGCACGCGUGCGGCGGCUCUCUCAUCACCAAGCGACACGUGCUGACGGCGGCACACUGUGUCGCCUUCCUGGACAACCCCGACAUCACACCACCGGAUGGAGAACUUCACUCCGGUGCUCCAAGGGGCUUUAGUGCCCGUGCAGUCGCCCGAAGUCUGUAGCAGGGCGUUCAACAUCAGCGUCGCCUUCGAGAACAGGAUCUGCGCCGGCGGAGGACCGAAAGGCUCCGACACGUGCUCCGGGGACUCCGGCGGACCGCUGCUGGCGGCUGCGCGCAGCCGGUUCUUCCAGACGGGCAUCUCGUCGUUCGGGGCGCAGUUCUGCGGCCUGAGCGCGGCCGCCUACACGCGAGUGGUCGACUACAUCGACUGGAUACAGCAGGCGAUCGCCACUAACUGACACGACGGCAGCCGCGGCGUCCCCAGUCUUUGUUCCCUGCCUAUUGGAGUAUAUAUGGCCGUAUUGGAGGGGCUUCGGAAGAUUUCCCGCAGCGCUGCAGCGGACAAGAGUGCUCUCAGUCUGCUCAAUAAACACAUAAAAUCUCCAUGCGUUACCGAGGCAUUUAAAAGUCUGAGGCAUCCAGGGCCUGUCGUUUUGUGCGGUGGUUGGGCUUUCUCUCACUAUUUCACGAGGAAGGUGAAUAAUGUAGUACAUGAUGAUAUCUAAUUAUGUAGUGAUAUAACUCACCAAUAAGUGAAUAAUAUGUUUUUGUUGGUUGGCUAUGCGCCAUGAAAGUGAACUUGCAACAAAUCAGAAAAGACAACUAGCCUUUAAAUCUGCCAAACUUCACCAUAUCAUGCCUAACUCCAAAACAGAUACGUCAAAUCUAUCUAUCACUGACGGCAACAUGAUGUGGGGUAUGAGUCAUUACCAACGUUGUUGCUUAUGUUGUAACCUUUUUCAUGCCAGCCCUGAUUUGGCAUACAGGUAGACUGCAUCUGUACUUAGAUCCCUUCAACCUCUUAAACCCUGCGGUCUCAAAACCUAAGCACCGAUUUGUUAGGAAUUCUCGUAAAAAAACGCCUUCUCAUGGUAUAAUAAUCUACCAAAAACUAAAAGAUCAGCGAAGUGCUGGUGCGGCAAAAGCAAGAAAUAAAUGAAAGGCAAGCAACCGGAAAGGCAAGGUCUCGCGUCGCCCAACAUAAUACAGUUUGCGUAAAGUGGAGCUUUUACUUUUUUGUUUCCUUGGUCCCAUGAUUGCGCGCCGGAACACAUGAACAUAUCCUCACGUUCUAUACC